AUGAGCGCGCGCGGCGCGGGCGGGCAGCGCUGUCAGUUAAUCCUGCAGCGCUGCCUCGCCAUCCACCUCGCCAAGCCGGGCACCGCGCCCGACGACUUCUGGAUGUACGACUCCGGCUAUCUGCUCUUCCAGUCUGCAGGGGAAAUUACGAAGCGGCAGACAAAGAUAGCUUUCAACAAACAAAGGCGAGUGAGCUUUUGUUUGGCGAAUUGA